AUGAGGAUUCAGAGAAUACUAUUCGGCUUGGCCGUGGGGUCGACGUACCUAUCGCAGAUCGUUACCAGUGCGCCCAUUGACGACAACAGUCAGAAUUAUGAACCCCUCCCGCCGCCGGUACUCGAUGGCAUGAGCUAUUUGACGCUCAAUCGGUCGCUAGAGGAUAAAUAUUUCCAUGAACCGGUGGGACAUGAACAGGGCGCUGAUGACCGCCUGGGCCAUUAUGACGUGCGGUAUUUCCAUGGCAUGGUCUCGGAGGAGGAACGAGCGGAGAGUCUGCAUCAUAUGGUGAUUGCGUACUUGGAUUUCUUCCGGCUGAAUAAGUUGGAAACAUGGAUUGCGCAUGGGACGUUGUUGGGAUGGUGGUGGAAUGGCGAGCUGCUGCCCUGGGACUGGGACGUCGACACGCAAGUCCUCGACACAACCCUUGCGCGCAUGGCCCGCGACUUCAACCGCACCGUGACUAGCUACACCUCGACAGACAAAAAAUUCAAACGCAAGUACCUCCUCGACAUCAACCCCUGGGCAUACUUCCGCGACCGCGGACCAGGCCACAACAUCAUCGAUGCGCGCUGGAUCGAUACCAGUAACGGCUUAUACGUCGACAUUACCGCGCUGAGUCGCUUCAACGCAGAGGAUGAGCCGUAUACGUGGGAGUGCAAGAACAGCCAUGUUUAUCGAACGAAUGAUUUGUUUCCGUUGCGGCAGUCCACGUUUGAGGGCACAAAGGCCCUUGUGCCGUUUAGGUACCAGGAGUUGUUGACGGAGGAGUAUUCUGUCAAGGCGUUGACGCAGACGAAAUUUCAGAAGUAG